AUGGCGCCUCAGCUUUAUACCCCCCCGCCCAACUUCAAGAAUUUUCUCGAUGACUAUCGCAAUACCGUCAACAAGCGAUUUGGCUUAUCGCUACGAGACUACCAUGAGCUGCAUCGCUUCUCGGUCGAUAGACCCAACGAUUUCUGGCUGUCCCUCUGGGACUUUCUUCCCAUAAAGGCAUCGGUCCAGCCCAAGCGGGGUGUCGACGAAUCUAUACCAAUAGACGAGAUCCCACAAUUCUAUGAAGGCUCACGCCUGAACUACGCCGAGAAUCUCCUGUCCCGGACAGGACAUAAUAUUGCCGUCAAAGCCAUCAACGAGGAGAACCAGUGGAAAGGAGAAGAAGCCAGCUGGGAUGAGCUGAGGGAACGGACACGUACGUUCGCUGAUGCGAUGAAAGCGACUGGGUUGAAGAAGGGGGACGUGGUCUGUGUUAUCGGAGGUAGCACCAUCAAGUCACUGUGCCUGCUGCUAGCUGCGGCGUCAAUCGGUCUGAUCUAUUCGUCAUUUGCCACCGACGCUGGCGAGCGUGUACUACUCGACCGCAUUGGACAGCUGAAGCCGACGGUCUUGUUUGCGGAGUCUGCGUAUAGCUACAACAGCAAACGGCACAGCAUCACAGACCGGAUAAAUGCUGUCUGGUCACAGGUUGAGAAACCAAACGGGGCCGAGAUUGUGGGGACUUCACAUGAUACCCCAGAAGGCUGGUCCCCGUUCAGAGAUUUCCUUGGACGAGGCACAGGCGCCAAACUGGAGUUCGCCCAACUACCCUUCCAUACACCGUUCGUAGUCAUGUUUUCCUCUGGCACCACCGGUACUCCCAAAGGUAUCGUACACUCGCAAGGCGGCUUGAUAGUCAACGGAAUGAAAGAGCAUAUGCUCAACUACAACCACAGACCCGGUGCGGUGCACUUCCACUAUGCCGGAAUAGGCUGGACACUGUGGAACAUCAUGAUUGGGGCCUUGUUCACAGGCGCGCAGAUCGUGCUGUAUGAUGGCUCGCCGUUCUACCCUACCGCCGAGAAGUGCCUUGAAGCGAUCAUGAACCAGGGAGUGACAUCGUUUGGUGCAGGCCCACGGUACUUCUCGGAGCUGCAGAAGGCCGGCGUGUAUGCCAAGCCAUAUGUGUCCAAGGUUGACAAGAUCCCCAGUGCCGGUGCGCUGCUCACAGCUUCAAUGUCAAAAUGGAUCGUCGAGUCGUUCGGACCGAUUUGCCAGAUCUCUACAUCGGGAGGCACAGAGCUGUGUGGCAACUUCGUUCAUGGAACCCAGACUCUGCCCGUCUAUGCAGGCGAAAACGCCGUCAAGUGCCUGGGCAUGGACGUCGACAUCUUUGACACGGAGGGGAAACCCGUACCAGCAGGCGAGAGUGGAGAGCUCGUCUGCAAGAAACCGUUCCCAAACAUGCCGGCUAUGUUCUGGAACGACCCAGAUGGUAAACGCUACCACGCUGCAUACUUCGAAAAGUACGACCACGUAUGGACGCAUGGCGAUUUCAUGCAUCAGAACCCGAAGACCGGUGGCCUCAUCAUCUCCGGGCGCAGUGAUGGCGUUCUGAAUCCUUCUGGCAUUCGCUUUGGCAGUGGGGAGAUUUACAGUAUCCUCGAGCGCGACUUCAAAGGUCAGAUCGUGGAUGCAAUCUGCGUCGGGCAGCAACGCGAGACAGAUGCAGCUGAGAGGGUGUAUCUGUUCCUACAGCUGCCCAGCGAGAAAAGAACAGUGCCGAAAGAACUCGACGAGGCCAUUAGGAGGCAGGUUGCAACGGACCUCAGUAGAAGGCAUGUCCCACAUUUCAUCUUCGCCGUCAAACGGAUACCGUAUAAUGUGAACGGGAAACGGCUUGAGAUCCCACUGAGGGCGGUCAUAUCGGAAGGCGAGCAGGGUCUGACGAAGCGAAAGUUUACUGCGGAGGAGAGGGAGGUGCUGGAAGAGUACCUGCCAUUUUUUGACAUAGAGAAGCUGACGGAUGAUGGGAACCUGAAGGCGAAGCUGUAA